AUGCUUUCAGACUUUGUUGCUGCUUCUGCUGCUGCUGCUGCUUAUGCGCUGCACGGCACAGCCAGCCCGCUGCAGCCAAAGCACCAGCAGCAGCAGCAGCAGCAACAGCAGCAGCAGCAGCAACUGCUGCUGCAGCAGCAGCAACGCCCCCUGGUGUAUAUCACGGAUGCAGCAAGCAUCAUUGCCAGGGCCUUUACGGGGGGAGAUAUCCUCGACAGCAACAGAGACAAAAACAAACAAGAAGAUAAACAAAGGCAGCAGCAGCAGCAGCAACAGCAGCAGCAGCAGCAGCAACCGCUGCUGCAACUGCUGCAGCGCUUGACUACAAAUGCGGAUAUGACGCAGCGCAGGCAGCAGCAUCCCCGCACUCAGAACAGUGCAGCAGCAGCAGCAGCAGCAGCAGCAGCAGCAGCAGGAACAAAACCAAAGCAAUCAACAGCAGCAACGACGAAACCAGCAGCGGAAAACGGCGCAGCAGCAGCACAAGGAAGUCGAGCAGCAGCAGCAACUGCAGCAGUAACAGCAGCAGCAGCAGCAGCACAGACAGCUGUGGUGAAAGUUGCUGAAGCAGCAGCAGCAGCAGAUCCAAAGACAGCUGCUGCUGCUGCUGGUGAGAGAGCAGCGCCUAGAGAAGGAAGCAGAGGAAUAAGAGAAGCAGCACUAAGGAGAGUUAUAAACAGAGGGGGUGCUGCAGCAGACAGCAGCAGCAGCAGCAGCAGCAGCAGCAGCAGAAACGACACGGAUAAUAAACGACAGAAUGCAGCAGCAGCAGCAGCAGCAGUUGCUGCAGCAGCAGCAACAGCAGCAGCUUCAGUUGCUGCAGCAGCAGCAGAAGUUGCACGGAAGCCAACGCUCGUUGCGCAGCAAGAAGAUGCAGCAGCAGCAGCUGAAAUACUAGCUGCAGCAGAAGCACCCGCAGAAGCAGAAACACCAGCUGCAGCAGCAGCAGCAGCAGAAGCAGCAACCCCAGCUGCAGCAGAAGCAGCAGCAGAAGCAGCAACACCAGCUGCAGCAGAAGCAGCAGCAGACGCAGCAACACCAGCUGCAGCAGAAGCAGCACCAGAAGCAGCAACACCAGCUGCAGCAGAAGCAGCAGCAGCAGCAGCAGAACCAAGCGAGGAAGCUGCUGCGUCUGCUGCUGCAACAGCAGCAGCAGCAAACGAGACUGAAGAUGAUCCUCAUUCUGAAAAUGCUGCAGCAGAAGCAGCAACAGACGAAGCAGCAGCAGCAGAAGCAGCAGCAGCAGAAGCAGCAACAGAAGCAACAGCAGCAACAGCAGAAGCAGCAGAGCCAGCAGCAGCAGGGCCAGCAGCAGCAGAAACUGAGAAGGGCGCUAGUUCUGCUGCUGAUGCAGCAGCAGCAGCAACAAAUGAAUCGAAUGAAACCGAUGCGUCAGCUACUCCUGGAGCAGCAGCAGCAGCAGCAAGAGCACCAGCAGCAGCAACAGCAGCACCUGCAGCAGCAACAGCAGCACCAGCAGCAGCAGCAGAAGAAGAUGCAACACCAACUGUUGCAGUAGCUGAUGCAGCUGCUGACGGUCAUCUGGAUGCAGCAGCAGCAGCAGAAGCAGCAGCAGCAGAAGCAGCAGCAGCAGAAGCAGCAGCAGAAGAUGCAGCAGCAGGAGAAGCAGCAACAGCAGCAACGGCAGAUGAGGAAAACGCUGGCCCUACUUCUGAAGCAGCAGCAGAAGCAGCAGCAGAAGCAGCAGCAGCAGCAACAGCAGCAGCAACACCAGAACCGGCUGAAGGCGAUGCUCCGCCUACUCCUGAAGCAGCAGCAACAGCAGCAACCACUGCAGCAACUAAUGAGCUUACUGAGGAUGCAACUGCAGCAGAAGCAGCAGCAGCAGAAGGAACAGCAGCAGAAACAGCAGCAGCAGAAACAGCAGCAGCAGAAACAGCAGCAGCAGAAACAGCAGCAGCAGGAACAGCAGCAGCAGAAACAGCAGCAGCAGAAACAGCAGAAGUAGCAGCAGCACAAGAAGAAUCCGAGAAGGACUCUGCUGCUGACGGGCGUCAGCUGCAGCAGCAGCUGAGUGUGCAUCAGCAGCAGCUGUUGCAGCAGCAGCUUUUAUUGCAGCAGCAACUGCAGCAGCAGCAACUGCAUCAGCAGCAGCUGCAGCAGCAGCAGGUACAGCAGCAGCUGCAGCAGCAGCAGCAGCAGCAGCAGCAGCAGCAGCAGAUAUCUCCCGUGAUGCGGGUUGACGUUGCUCUCGCCCGGGUGCCGCAGAUACUGCCGGUAGCAGCAGCAGCAACAACGCAUGCAGUGGGGGCUGUGGUGGGAACCACCAAAACCCUAGCAGCAGCAGCAACAGCAGCAGCAACAGCAGCAACAGCAGCAGCAACUGCAUCAGCACAAGAAGCUGCAGCAAGGAGACAACACAGAAGCAGCAGACCCCCAGUUAUACGGCACCCCCGCACAACUACAUAUAUCAUCAACGCAUAA